AUGGCUCCCAGAGUUACUUACAGACGCCGUCUUUCCUACAACACCCGCUCCAACAGAACUAGAGUCGUCAAGACUCCUGGCGGUAACCUCAACCUUCAAUAUGAGAAGAAGCCCGCUACUGCUCCCCGUUGCGGUGACUGCGGUGACAAGCUCGCCGGUGUUAUUGCUCUCCGUCCCCGUGAGUACGCUCAGGUCUCCAAGACCAAGAAGACCGUCAGCCGCGCCUACGGUGGAUCCCGCUGCUCACACUGCGUUCGCAACAGAAUUGUUCGCGCAUUCUUGAUUGAGGAGCAAAAGAUUGUCAAGAAGGUUCUCAAGUCUCAAGCCGAGAAGAAGUAG